AAUAAGUCUUAAAUUCACAUAGAAUCGAACGCCAAUAUAUAUCAUCACUUGAGUAGUUUAUUACAUAAUGUUAUUAUAUUAACACCAACAACCAUAUGGUAUAUUAAUUAUAUAUAUAUCGAUCAGUGGAUUUAAAGGGGAGAAAUAAACAAUAGAUUCAAUUGGGAGACUAACCUGAAUAUGAUUUGAAUAUACUAAUGCCGAUUAGCUGGCAUCCCAUUCCAAAACUCAAUAAAUAAAACAUGCAUCAAAUCCAAGAGCUUCGCAAUCAAUGGCUUUCCCUAGUGUUUCGAUCUUGAUAACUUCCUCGUUUCUCCUUUUAUCUUUCUUUUCAAAUGCUCUAACAUCCCCUAAAGCCUUCAUUUUCCCAAUAAGGAAAGAUGGCGCAACCAACCAAUACUACACGACUAUCCAAAUAGGCUCCAAUGCCACCACACUGAACGUGGGGAUCGAUCUCGGCGGCAAUUUCCUGUGGUUCAACUCCCUCGACUACUUCUCCGCCGCCGACUCCUACCGCCCCAUCCUCUGCGGCACCAACCAGUGCCGCAUUGCCAACGGAGUCGGUUGCGUCUUCUGCUUCCUCUCGCCUCCGGUCCCCGGAUGCACCAACAACACAUGCUCCGACUACGCCCUCAACCCCUUCACCGGCACCCAGGUUUACAGCGGCCUCGGCCAGGACGUCCUGCGCGUCUCCUCCACACGCGCCACCCAAUAUGAGGUGAAAAGAUUCCCCUUCCAAUUCUCCCCCUAUCCCGACUUCAGGGAAGGCCUAGCAACCUCCACCGUCGGCCUCCUCGCCCUCGGCCGAACUAGGGUUUCCCUCCCGUCACAGCUCUCAUCCGCCUUCAAAAUCAGCGACAAGUUUGCGCUCUGCAUCCCGUCUUCAGGCGGCAAUGGAAACAUGAUCAUCGGAGACGAGGUUUACAGGAAACCGUUUCAACAGAUCUCGGAAGCAAUCCAGACCACACCCUUGCUCAGAAACCCAGUGAGCAACUCGGGUAACGAAGUGGUCGGAAAUCUCUCCAUUGCCUACUUCAUUGACGUCAAAUCCAUCAGAGUUGGAGAAACUUCUCUAGCAUUAAACAAGACACUUCUGUCGAUCAACAAGAGAACCGGGGAAGGCGGCACCAGCAUACGGACGGUGAGGGCGUAUACGAGCCUGCACAGAUCGAUCUACAGAGCUGUGGUGGACGAGUUCGUGAAGGCUGCUGCAGCUAAGAACAUCAAGAGAGUGGCGUCCGUUGCUCCGUUCGGCGCUUGCUUCGAUUCGAGAACGAUCUCGAGCAGCAAGACGGGGGCCGACGUGCCGACUGUGGAUCUCGUUCUGCAGAGCAGCAGCGUUUACUGGCGGUUUUACGGGUCGAACUCGAUGGUGAGAGUCGGCGACCGAGUGAUGUGCCUUGCAUUUGUGGAGGGCCCGCCGAAUUUGUCGGGGCCGACGACGUCGAUAGUUGUGGGAGGUUAUCAGUUGGAGAAUCAUCUGCUGGAGUUCGAUGUGUCUGCGUCGAAGCUAGGGUUUAGCUCGACGCUGCUGCUCAGUGAUACGAGCUGCAACCAGUUUGGAGCUGCGUAGGUUGGACUCUAUGUGUGGGGUUGUGUGUUUAUGAUCGGUUUGUGGGAUUGUGAUGAUAAGCACAAAUGUGGAAGAUAUGAGUAUUAAUAUUGUAGUGCGUUCUUGGUUAUAAUUGGUUAGUGUUUCAUAAUUUCAUUGAAAGCA